AUAUAUAAAAUCUCUCAUCGCCGCAGAACGUAUCGCCUCUGAGAAAUCCGUUGGAAUCGAGUAGAGCUCCUGCCACAGAGGAUUUUGGAAAUGGUUGAGUCCAAGGUUGUAGUUCCGGAGUCGGUGCUGAAGAAGAGGAAGAGAGAGGAGGAGUGGGCUUUGGAGAAGAAGCAGAAUGCUGAGGCUGCCAAGAAGAAGAACGCCGAGAACAGGAAGCUCAUCUUCAAAAGAGCCGAGCAGUACUCCAAGGAGUACGCCGAGAAGGAGAAGGAGUUGAUCUCUUUGAAACGCGAGGCCAAGCUUAAGGGAGGUUUUUAUGUUGACCCUGAAGCUAAGCUCUUGUUCAUCAUCCGUAUCCGUGGUAUCAAUGCCAUUGACCCUAAGACUAAGAAGAUUCUCCAGCUCUUGCGUUUGAGACAGAUUUUCAAUGGUGUUUUCCUUAAAGUCAACAAGGCUACAAUGAACAUGCUUCGCCGUGUUGAGCCCUAUGUUACUUACGGGUUCCCUAACCUGAAGAGUGUCAAAGAAUUGAUCUACAAGAGAGGUUAUGGAAAGCUAAACCACCAGAGGAUUGCUUUAACUGAUAACUCUAUUGUAGAGCAGGCUUUGGGAAAGCAUGGGAUCAUCUGCACUGAGGAUUUGAUCCAUGAGAUUCUAACAGUUGGACCUCAUUUUAAAGAAGCCAACAACUUCCUCUGGCCAUUCCAGCUGAAGGCACCACUCGGAGGCCUCAAGAAGAAGAGAAAUCACUACGUGGAAGGUGGUGAUGCUGGAAACCGUGAGAACUUCAUCAACGAGCUUAUCAGGAGGAUGAAUUAGAUGUUUUCUUGUUCAAUGUCAGACUUCACUCUGUUUUCAUUAUAUGCCUCCUGGAUUUUGAUCUUCUUUCUUAAGUUAAAAGACUUUUUGAAACUUCUCUUUAUUUGUCUUUGGUUCUUAAUAUGGUUGUGGACAACCCCAGGUAUUUCUUCACUUUCUUCA